AAUUACACCUAGAAUUAUUCAAUUUCCCUUCAUUGGGAUCUUUUAGACUGUACAUUUUUUUUUUUUUAUUAUUAUAGAAGUGUGAAUCAACAAAACUCUCCCACAAAAACAAAAACAAAAAAAAAAAGCCUGGAUAAAUAUUUUGUAGAUUGACUCCAAAAGUAUAUAUAUAUUCUUUAGUUUAAUUGACUCAUGCCACAAAACAACAAUUCUCGACUAUCGAAAAAGACUGAAGAAACGGGUCCAAUUGGUAUUCCAGGUGUGAAUCCUACAUCUGCUGAUGAAAAUUGGAAAGUUGUUGGUAGUCCUUCCCGACGCGGUAGUUUGGCUACUGGUAUUAUUAAUACAUCUACUGAUAAUCAAAGUCCUGCUGCUUCUCCUACACCAAACUCUGUGGAUAUCCCUAGUGCACGACGACCUUCUCUUGAUCCUUCUCAGUGGGGUUCUUUUGGUGGAUUUCAAUGGGAAGGUCCAGGUAUAUUCGAUAAUGAAGUACGCAAAUCUUCUUUUUCUCAUUCCUCACAAAUCUUACCACCUCCUCCUGAAGUAUUGAUGGAUGAUACUUCUUUUACUCGUCGUCUCUCAUUCGCCUAUGAUAAUAGUAUUCUAUCUGUACCUAUGCUUCCUGGUGUAUCUAUGGAACCUAUUUAUCGUCAGCAACGAAGUCUUUCCUUCUCAGUAGGUCAAGAUCCAACCGUCUUUGGUUAUGAUGAUUAUGAUGAUAGUUCUGUACCAAACUCCAACAAUAAUAUGGCAUCUAUGACUUAUGGUUAUAAAAACUCAUUAGCUACAAUGGCUGAAGAACAAGAUGAUGAUGAUGAUAUUUUACAAGAUAUAUUGGAUCAAGAAUCAAAUGCUGCUCGUUGGCGUGCUCGUUCUCAAUCUUCUGGUGCUGCUUUUGGUCUACUUUCUCCUUCUCAACAUGCUGCUUUACUUAGUCAACAAUUACGACGUGGAUCAGAACAACAUGAUGAUUUAACUCAACAACGAAGACGAUCUUCGAGAUUCUUUGGUACUAUGGAUGGAUCAUCUACAACCGGAUCUAAUCAAUCUACUUAUUCACAAAUGUCAAUGGGUGAUAAAGAACGUUUAGAACUUAUUCAACGUCGUUUAUCUCAAUCUCAUGAAUAUAAAUUCCCUGAUCAAAGUUAUAAUCUCCUACAACAACGUCGUCAUUCACUCAAUCAACCUCAUCACCCUCAUCAUAUACAACAACUUUCAGAGCAGUUAGAAAAUACUCAUUUACGACAAUCGGAAAAUGGAUACAAUUUAAAUCGAACAGAAACAUAUGGACAACAAUCAAACAUACCUCAUACUCAUCCAACUCAACCACAAUAUUUAUCUCAGCAUCAACAACCCCAAUUACAUAUGAAUAGACCUCAUGAAGAAUAUUUCGAUGCCGAACAUCAACAGCAACAACAAUUACAGCAUCAAAACAUGAUGAUGAAUGGCGCAUUCCGUGAUACAGGAAAAGGUAUUCCUCUUCAACGACUACCUCAACAUACUGCACUAUAUUCUGUGGAAUUUAAAGCUGGUCGGGUGGAUUACUUUUAUGUGGCUUCUGAACCUGGUACUACACCUAUCAAAUUCCAAAUGGGCGAUUUAGUCAUCGUGGAAGGUGAUCGUGGAAAGGAUCUUGGUAAAGUGGCAAGUGAUAUUCUGAAAAUUGAUACCGUUGAACAACUUGUUUCUCAAAAAUUACUACAACAACAACAACAACAACAACAACAACAACAACAACAACAACAACAACAACAACAACAACAACAACAACAACAACAACAACAAAAUACUCAAGAAGAUGAUUCCAACAAUGACAAACCCAAAGAUGUACAUAUCAAACGACUUUAUCGAUUGGCUACUCCCGAAGAAAUCAAUUUACUCCUUGAAAAAGGUCAAGAUGAAUUACGUGCCUUGGCUCUUUGUCAACAGAAAACAAAAAUGCGAAAUCUUCCUAUGGUGGUUGUGGAUGCCGAAUAUCAAUGGGAUCGUCGCAAACUCACAUUCUUUUUUGUCUCUGAUCGCCGUAUUGAUUUCCGGGAAUUGGUCAGAGAAUUAUUCAAAAUUUAUAAAACUCGUAUUUGGAUGUGUGCUGUGAAUACAAACAAUGUAGUAACAAAUGGUCCUACCACUUCAACUCCACAAGGACAAUCCAAUGAAAUGAAAUGAUCAAUCAGUAGUUUAAUUCACUUUUGUAGUUAUUCUUUUGUUUGUUAUAUAUAUUUCUUUCUUUUUUUUACUUUUUUAUACAAUGUUUUCAAAGUUUUUUGUCGGGUCACAAGAAAAUAGUUUCGUGAUAUUAUAAAAUAAAAAUAUCAAACUUUCCCAAAA